AUGGCCGGAGGCGCGCAGCGAGGCCGCGGGGGCGCGGGCUGGGGGCUGCGCGGCGCCCUGGCCGCCGUGGCCCUACUCUCGGCGCUCAAUGCUGCCGGCACGGUGUUCGCGCUGUGCCAGUGGCGCGGGCUGAGCGCGGCGCUGCGGGCGCUGGAGGCUCAGCGUGGCCGGGAGCAGCGCGAGGACAGCGCCCUGCGCGCCUUCCUGGCGGAGCUGAGUCACGCACCUCGCCGGGCGCCCGCGCCACCGCCAGACCCUGUGAGCGCCGCGCGCAACAAGCGCAGCCACGGCGGGGAACCGGCGCAGCACAUCCGCGCCGAGAGCCACGACAUGCUGUUGAUGAUGACCUACUCCAUGGUGCCGAUCCGAGUGAUGGUGGACCUGUGCAACAGCACCAGGGGUAUCUGCCUGACAGGACCACCUGGCCCAGCAGGACCUCCAGGAAUUGGUGGGUUACCAGGACACAACGGAUCAGAUGGACAGCCUGGUCCCCAGGGCCCAAAAGGCGAAAAAGGAGCAAAUGGAAAAAGAGGAAAAAUGGGGCCACCUGGAGCCACAGGAGCUCCUGGGGAAAAGGGAGACCCUGGUGAGCUGGGCUUGACUGGAAACGAGGGCCCAGCAGGGCAGAAGGGUGACAAGGGAGACAAAGGGGACGUGUCUAAUGAUGUGCUUCCUUCAGGUGCCAAAGGUGACCAAGGCCCCCCCGGCCCAGCUGGGCCCCCGGGCCCUCCGGGUCCCCCAGGGCCCCCCGGAAGCAGAAGAUCCAAAGGCCUUCGGCAGCCAAACAUGUUCAACGGCCAGUGCCCAGGUGAGACGUGUGCUGUACCAAAUGAUGAUACCUUGGUUGGAAAAGCUGAUGAGAAAGUCAGUGAACACCAUUCCCUGCAAGCAGAAUCCAUGAUCACGUCCAUUGGAAAUCCAACACAAGUUUUGAAAGUUAAAGAGACGUUUGGGACUUGGAUAAGAGAGUCUGCUAACAAGAGUGAUGAACGGAUAUGGGUGACUGAACAUUUUUCAGGCCUCAGGGUGAAGGAAUUCCAGGACCAGCCCUCACUGCUAAACAGCAGUUAUACGCUCAUCCACCUCCCGUACUAUUUCCAUGGCUGUGGGCACACCGUUCACAACAACUCUCUCUACUAUCACAAAGGAGGCUCCAACACCAUAGUGAGAUUUGAAUUUGGCAAAGAGACAUCCCAAACUCUGAAGCUUGAAAAUGCCUUGUAUUUUGAUCGAAAAUACCUCUUUGCAAAUUCCAAGACGUACUUCAAUUUAGCUGUAGAUGAAAAGGGCCUUUGGAUUAUCUAUGCUUCCAGUGUGGAUGGCUCGAGCAUCCUUGUCGCACAGCUGGACGAGAGGACCUUCUCUGUGGUGCAGCACAUCAACACCACAUACCCCAAAUCCAAGGCUGGCAACGCCUUCAUUGCCCAAGGGAUCCUCUAUGUCACGGACACCAAAGAUAUGAGGAUAACAUUUGCCUUUGAUUUGUUAGGAGGGAAACAGAUCAAUGCAAACUUCGAUUUAAGAACUUCCCCAUCUGUUCUUGCCAUGUUAUCAUACAAUAUGAGAGACCAGAAUUUAUAUUCGUGGGAAGAUGGCCAUUUAAUGCUUUAUCCUGUACAGUUUUUGUCAGCUACAUUAAACCAGUGAUGGGAUGAAUUCUAUUCCCCUCAGUAAAUUUCAGCUGUUCUCUGGUACCAUGUAUAUCCCAAUAGAAAACUUGUCUUUAAGGGUGGUCAGGUACUUAGCUGUCAUAAUCACAUGACAUGGGUAUUUAUAUGGUUGGUGACCCCCUUUUAAUUCAGAUUCUGUAGGAGAAAAUAACAGAUUGGAACUCAAAAAUGGCUGAUAUUUGGUGAUUCCUUUACGAACUAGCUGGGCAAGUUACCUCUCCCUCUUUAGGUUUUGUUUUCCCCACUGGUAAUUUGAAAGGGCUGGCUAAGAUGGUUGGUAAGAUUUCCUCAAGUUGUAGGGAAUUCUGUGAUUCUUAGCUGUUGCUGCUCUCACAACUUUUACAUAUUUGGUUUUGUUUUUUUGGGUUUUAGCCACAUGCUGAGCAAUUUUACCUCUGAGUUGAUCAGCCUGAUUGCUUGAGCAACAAAUUCCUUAGUGAUGACUUGGUGCCUUGGAAGCUGCACUGCCCCCUUAAGUCUGCUGAGGUACCUUAUUACCCCUAAUUUAUUACCUUUCUCUGCAUCUGCACCUGCCACCAGAGCACCAGAGUGGCCAUUAUCCUCAGCUCCUGAUUACCACUCCAAGAUUAGCAAAAGCCAGGAACAGCUACCUGCUCGUGUUUCCUAAUGAAACAGAAACAGGCCCUUCCAGGUUCCUAUCAAUUUCUGAUCAUGCUGAUACACAGGUUGGGUCAUAAACAUUGAAUCCUCAGGUCUUGCAGGGCUCUUCUGCCACAGAUAUGGAUCUGCUAUCAGAGUAAAUUCUGUGCUAGUGGGCAUUACUCUGGCGAGAACCUUGGGAAGCACUUUGCAGUUUUCAGAAGAGAGGCACCAUUCAUGGUUAUUAUCUAGAAGAGGGAUGAGCAAACUGUGACCCUCGGGCCAAAGCCAGCCCAUCGUCUGUUUUUGUAAACAAAGUUUUAUUCCACACAGUCACAGGCAUUUGGUUAUGUGUUAUAGUAUAUGACUACUUUUCCUCUACACUGGCAAAGUUGAAUCACUGCAAGAAAGUUGAGUAACAGCCCAAAAAACCUAAAACAUUUACUCUCUGGCCCUUUACAGCAAAAGUUUGCCAACCCCUGAUCUAGAAUAUAAAGUGAGCCUGAUUCUUGAAAGGGCUUAUUCACCUGAGCCUGUUUGUUAUAUUUU